GGCAACGGAUGGGCUGAGACUGAUUGUAGCUUACCCCGUCCACCAUUUAAUUAAAAUAUAUCGGGUAUUUGUACUUUUCCAUCCAAUGGAUGCAGCGGUGAUGAACCCCCAGAUAAUGACGGAUGUCAACGGCAACAGCAAUGCCGUGAACGCCGAACUGGAGGUGAAAAAGCUCCAAGAGCUGGUUCGGAAAUUGGAGCGGCAAAAUGAGCAACUGAGGACGCGGGCGAACGGCUGCACUGGCAGCCCCCACAUUCUACCUCCCUCCCCGGCCUAUAUGGCCGGGAGCUACUGCACACCUAGUCCGUUACCGACACUACUGUGCCAGUCUUCCUUGGGGUCAUUUUUCCCGUCGGACGAACCGUUCGAAUAUUUACAUUCGCAUUAUGCCGCUGCUGAUGCUGCUCUAGAGGCGGAGGUUGAUUAUACGGAACCCACGGUUCUGGAUGAGGUGGACAUUCUGGACCUAGAUUCUAUAUUCUCUCAUGAGGAAUCUGAAGAUACCUGGCUGUAUGUGUCAGCCAAGGCCCGGCUGUGGGGGGAGAGCCCUGUUACCACCCUCCAGUGGAGCAGACAGGUCCUGGACAGUCCCAGAGCAGAGGUGGAGUCUGCCCGCUCACUGUGCCUCAGGUUGGACCAAGUCCAUAGGUGGCGGGGGGUCUUCUCCAGCCCCUCGUCCCCUGCCCUCCCCCUGAGACGUGUAGCUGGAGUGUCCCCCCUCAGUGCCUCGUUCUCCAGGUCCUGCUCCACCCCUCCGUCCGCUGACAGACCUGGCCGCAGCCUCCGGCGAUUCCUCCUCAGCCCCCAGUCUUCCGUAGACAGUGAGCUCAGUGCCUCGGAGCUGGAGGAUGACUCCAUCACCCAGGGAUACAAGCUACAGGACCUUGUUGACGUCCAAGUCAUGGCUCGUCUGCAGGAGGACAGUCUUCGUCAGGACUAUGCCACCAACUCCAUCAACCGCCGCAGCGCCAGCUUCUCCUUCCUCUCCCUUCAGCACAGCGGCGAGGCCGACCUGGACGAGGAAGAGGAGGAGGAAGAGUACGGGCAGCUACCUCCUCCCCAGCCCCGCUUGACCCGUGUGGGACCCACCCUGCAGCGAGGCCUCCCCCACUCCCACACCUUCUCCAGCAUACGGGACUGGAGGAGGAGCACCACCAGUCUCUCCAGCCCUUCCACCCCUCAGUACCCCUCUGGAGGAUUCUCCUAUCAGCCACCACCCCAACCCCAGGCCCUGGCCAGCCCCACACUCAGCACCUACACACCCGACCAGCAGGGCUUCAGACCAGGAUCAGAUAAGCUGCGGAGGAGCAUGCCCAACCUGUUCAGGGCUCCCAGCAUGCCUAGCGUGCCUAGCCCACUGAGCCCAGCCAAUCACAUCAGCUCCCCUUCCACUCUUCGGAACAGUCUGAGUUUCGACUCGUCCAAUGGGCUGGCCAGCAGGCUACAGUCCUCCAUCCCUUCACCCGGUCAGCUGCAGAACAGAGUCCAGAGUGUGGGGAACUUCCAGUCGUUGUCGCGGCAACCCCUCAAAGCCACAGCCUACGUCAGCCCCACUGUGAAAGGGCCAGUUACCAUGCCGACCUCCACCAGUCUGCAGUCCCUCAGCGGCAUCAGUGGGAUCCCCCUCCCUAGUAAACCAGCCGGGGGGGUUGGGGGCACACCUACACCCCCCCGGAGUAGCCUGCCCCGCCCCGCCUCCUUUAUCGGGACCAGCUCCACCCCUCGAAGCAAGAUCGCCCAACCCGCACGCAGUUUAUUGACGCCUCCUAAGAGCUUGUCCACCCUGAGUGCCCUACAAGACAGGAGCUGGAGAGAUGGCUGCUACUGAGAGAUGGAUGAAUGGAGACAUGAAUGGAGAGAUGGGAUCCAGAGAAGAAGAAGAGCUGGCAAUGUAGAAAGACCCUGCUGGUUGGGGUCACUCACUGCCACACAAAGUGUUCUUGGGGAAUUGAGAAGGCAGGUCAACCAAACUAUAGGGAAUAACAACCUUGUGUAGAACACCCUCAUGAUUGGGUAUGUGAGGUGUGCUCAGCGCUCAAAAAGUAAAACAUGCAUUCUCCACCUGUCCAAUUUGGUCUGUGCCAAGGGGAAUCCCCCCGUUGAUAUUAUGCACUAACAAGUUUUAACCACAGGCUCUAUGGUUACAUUGAUGUCCUAAAGAAAGAGCUGCCACUUUAUGCUAAUUAAGCCACAGAAUUAGUUUUUUUUACUUUGGAACUGAUAAAUAAAAGGUGUAUUUUCUCUUAAUGGAGAUACUGCUAAAACAAAAUCAAAAUCACUCCCUAUUGUCUGGGUGUAUUUGGUCUAAUUUUUACAUGGCAAGGUAUAUUAAAAUAAAUAUAUAUGUAGUAUUUAUUAUCUUAUGAUUAGUGUACAGACUAAAGUUAACUUUCAGUGUGCAUUGUUGGGAUGCUGAUCGUAUUGAUGCAAUAUUCUUCUUGAAUUUUUUUAUGUGAAGCAUAUUAACCAAAUUAAAGCUAAUGUCUGAAUUUGUUUACAAAAUGUCUCACCACGACAGGGAAAUGACUUCAAGUUGUGUUUUGGACACUUUUUAAACUAUAAAGAUUCACUGGUGUAUCUAUGAAAUAUUUGUAAUUGUUGCACUGAUUGUACAAGUGUGAAUUGAAAUCUAAGUGUUUUUGUUCAUUUUAUUUGUGAUAUUGCACUUUUAUGGUUAAUUAUACUUUUGUUGAUGAGGAGCACGGUAGAUGUUUUGUCUUUUGGGAUGAAGGAUUUCUUUUAAAAUAUCAUUUAUGUAAAAUUCUCUCACAUUCUGUUUUUGUUUCAGUUUAAAAAAGCAGGUUAGUAUUCACAGCACGUCUCACCAACUCUUUCUCCAAAACACUUUUUUUUACUGAAUUUAAUUGAAUGAGUGUAUUUGUUUUAAAAACCGAACUAAAAUAAAAGAUUUUUAAAUUAUUA